AUGUCUAAUCUCUGGUUGGAUGACGGUCAACAGCAGGAUCCUUGGUAUGGGCAGGGUCAAGGAGCAUCUCAACCCAAUAUGAGUUGGGGACAAUUCGACUACUCACAACAACAACAACAGGAUGCUAACCAAUAUAGUAGCAAUCAAAACUAUUAUCAGCAGCAAAAUCCAUAUGCCCAGUCUCAGAAUUUUUAUGGUGGUCAGAUGUUUGUCCCAAGUUCUGGCGUUGGAGGCACAGGAGGUGGCGAUGGUGAAGAUUAUGAGAAUGAGCCACCAUUACUCGAAGAACUGGGGAUCAAUUUCUCGCAUAUAAAAGAAAAAACCUUCGCGGUUUUGAACCCAGCUGGUAGCGCAUCACCAGAAGUUAUAGAAGAUCAGGACCUAGCAGGACCUCUUGUGUUUUGCUUGCUCUUUGGAUUCGCAUUACUUCUUCAUGGAAAAAUGACGUUCGGUUAUAUUUAUGGCAUUGGUGGACUUGGAUGUGUCGGGAUGUAUGCUCUGAUGAAUCUCAUGGCCGGUCAGUCAUUUUUUAACGUGAUUUCUUCGCAAUGA